UUUAGGCCUUCUACGUGAUAUAAAAUUUAAAUAAUGGCCAAGACACCACAUCGCAUUCGCCUCAUGCGACAACUCCUUCUGGCUCUUAUGCUUUACAGCGCGGCAGCCGCCAAGGAGCACUUGCGCGUGCGCAGAUUGGCCGCCGAAUCGGUGACAGCAGCGCCUCUUCCUAAUGCCAGCAAAAUUAUUUCCACCGAAGAGAUAGAAGGCCAAACAGAGCUACCUGGAAGUGCGAAGGCUACCCCCAUCACCGAAAUAAACCAGAUUGAAUCCGAGUCGGCCACAGUGGUGCCAGCUAAUCAGGCGGAGACUCGCAACUCUGCCUAUGAUGUUCCAGCCUCCUCGGAUUUAUCCGGUUCGUCGAGUUCGGAUGAAGACGGGAUCUACUACGACAAUGCGCCUGUGGACUGCGACCCAGAACUGGUUGGCUUCGAAAUCGUCACCGGGUAUGUGUUCUCGGCUCCUGAAAAACUUAUGGAUUCUCUGCCGGGCACUUUAAUGCUCACUGAUUGCCUGGAGACGUGCAGAAAUAAUAAAACCUGCCAGUCAGUUAACUACGAGACCGGGCUUUGUGUGUUCUUCUCGGCCCACGCCGAUCAAUUGCCGGGUGCCCUGACAAAAUCACAAUUCCCCGUGUUCACCAUUUAUGGCCAAAAAUCAUGCCUCUCGGCGAAGCCCUGCUCCCGAGCCUGGUAUGUCGAUCGUGUACAAAAUUAUAAGCUCAAGACGGAAGUUAAGCGUACCGUGUCGGUGGCGUCCAGACGCGAGUGCUUUGAACUUUGCCUAAGCGAAAAUGAAUUCACAUGCAGGUCGGCUAAUUAUGAACGAGUCUCUGGAGCAUGCGAACUCAGUGAGUUGGAUCGCCUAACGCUAGCCGGCUCCAACGCCUUCCAGAUAACCGAAGGAAGUGAUUACCUCGAGAAUCACUGUGUCGAAGAGCCCAAUAAGUUGUGCGAGUUCAAACGCCUGCCGGGACGCAUUCUGAAGACGGUCGAUUCGGUUUAUCAGGAAGUUAGUAGCAUUGACGAGUGCCGGGAGUUGUGUCUCAAUUCGCCCUACAGGUGCCACACUUAUGAUUACAAUGACACCGGCGAUAUGGUUUGCCGACUUUCGCAUCACAGCCGUGCCACUUUGGUCGAUGUACAGGAACCCUUCCUGGAUGUCCCCGAGGCAUCGUCUUACGAGCUGGCCUCCUGCUACAAUGUCACCAUCGAAUGCGGCGGCGGAGACAUGCUGGCUCGUAUUCGCACCUCCAAGCUCUUCAACGGCAAGGUCUACGCCAAGGGAUCGCCCAAGUCCUGCUCGGUGGAUGUCAAGAGUGCCCUGGACUUUGAGCUGCGUAUGAACUAUCAUGAUCUCGAGUGCAAUGUCCGACAGAGCAGUGCCGGGCGCUACGUCAACGAUAUAAUCAUCCAGCACCACGACAUGAUUGUGACGUCGUCCGAUCUGGGAUUAGCCCUGGCCUGUCAGUACGACCUGACCAACAAGACUGUCAGCAACGGCGUCGAUCUGGACGUACGCGGCGAUAUUCUGCCGGCACUCUCCGAGGAGGUUAUUGUCGAGUCACCGAACGUUAUCAUGCGCAUCACCUCUCGAGAUGGCUCCGAUAUGAUGCGCUCCGCUGAAGUCGGCGAUCCGCUGGCUCUGAAGUUCGAGAUCGUUGACGAGCAGAGCCCGUACGAGAUAUUCAUUCGGGAACUGGUGGCGAUGGACGGUGUGGAUAACUCGGAAAUUACGCUGAUCGAUUCCAAUGGCUGCCCGACAGACCACUUCAUCAUGGGACCCAUUUACAAGGCCUCCCUCUCCGGCAAGGUGCUGCUCUCCAACUUCGACGCCUUCAAGUUCCCCUCCAGCGAGGUGGUUCAGUUCCGGGCCCUGGUCACGCCAUGCAUGCCCAGCUGCGAGCCAGUCCAGUGCGAGCAGGAAGACACCAGCGGCGAAUUCCGGUCCUUAUUGUCCUACGGCCGUAAGAAGAGAUCGCUAAACUCGACAGUUGAUCUACCACGUACACGUCGCGAUAUUGACACCUCGAAGAAGGCGGCUCCCAGUGAUAUGCUGCUGGUGCAGUCCAUCCAGAUUACAGAUAAGUUCGGCUUCAAGCAGGACAAGCAGGAGAGCGGCGACUAUUAUGACGGCAAUGAAACCACGUUUACGGCCAACGAGGAGGGGCACGGGUUCUGCGUAAAUGCCAUUGGCCUCAUCACAGCCGCCACUAUAUUCCUGCUAACACAGUUGGCAGUGAUUGCUAUUUGGACGUACUGCUACCAACGCCGCCAGAAACUGCAGCCGUACCAGCACUCUUACUAACCAGAAUCGAUUAAUUCUUACGCAUUAACUUUACACAAUACCGUCUAAGCUACGAAAGGUGCAAUCAAUAUUUACGCAAUGUUAUACGCAAUGCUGAUUAACUGCUAUGAAUACCCGUCGUCCUGAUACAACAUCCGCUACUUAGCCUUAUCUAGUCAGUGCACGAUUUUAGAGAAAAUGAAAAUUUCAAGUGUUCUUGAAGGUGUCUUGUUCGGUGGAAUUCGGAGAUUGUUUGCAUUGCAGCAGCCAUGGCGUUCAAAACCCCUCGUGUGUUGGGUUUUUUCUUCUCUCAUUUAAAUGGAGGAUUCCCUACUUAUAAAGGAAGUUUGACGUCUGCAUUGAACUUCUUUUGUGACUUCGGAAGUUGGUUGAAAAACAGAGGAAACUAAUGCAUAUUACUUUAACUAACCUUUGAACACGUUUCCAAGCCGUAUUCCCUAACCAUGUGUCGAAUGGGUCUUAAUUAAGUUAAGCAAUAUAAUUUAUUGACCAUCAACUAAAGCCCUUUAGUGUUAUCUCACAGAAACUAAUUUUAUGCAUAUUACUGCAUCAUCCUUCAAAUACGUUUCUGAGCCGCGUCCUCUGACCAUCGUGUAUCGAAUGUAUUUUGUAAGCAACAUAUAUAAUUUAUUGACCAUUAACGACAGUCCUUGCCUAUUCAACACUUGAUGUUAUCCCACAGAACUCAUUUUAUAAAUACUUUUAAGGCAUCCUUCUUUAUGCGCUUUAUGUAAAAGUAAAAGGGUGUUAAAUCGCUAGUUUUAAGUUCUUGAGAAUCAUUAAAUUAAUUUUUAUGAAAGGAUUUACAAUAAAAAGAAACACAUUCUAAACUACA